AAGCAGGUUCCUUGGCUCUUCUUGAUCUGUGCCCCGGGAGGUCAUAGUAUCUGUAGUCUGUCUCCCCCACCCCACCCUUGCUAUGAGUGUUCUCCUUCCUGAUGCUCCCAGCAGCAGAGCCACCAUGACCCUCCGUCCAUUGGUUCCAGGAUGCUGUCCUCUCCUGGUGUGAUGGCAUGCUCACGGACCUGCUCCCGCAUCCUGGGGCUGAGCCUCGGGACCACUGCCCUGUUUGCUGCUGGAGCCAAUACAGUGCUCCUCUUUCCCAACUGGGAUGUGAGCUACCUGCUGAGAGGCCUCAUUGGCAGGCAAGCCAUGCUGGGCUCUGGGCUCUGGGGAGGAGGCCUCAUGGUACUCAUUGCAGCUACCCUCAUCUCCUUGACGGGCUGGAGAUAUGGCUGCUUCAGUGAAAGUGGGCCCUGUCAAAGUAUGCUCACUGCUCUGCUGUCCAGUAGCCUGGCUUUUCUAGGAGCCUUGAUUUGCUUUAUCACUUCUGGUGUAGCCCUGAAAGAUGGCCCUUUAUGCAUGUUCGAUGCCUCAUCCUUCAAUCAGAUGCAAGCUUGGAAAUAUGGUUACCCAUUCAAAGACUUGCAUAACAGGAAUUAUUUGUAUGACCGUUCACUCUGGAACUCUGUCUGCCUGGAGCCUUCUAAAGCCGUCAUCUGGCACGUGUCCUUCUUCUCCACCCUUCUGUGCAUCAGCCUCCUCCAGAUUCUCCUGGUGGUCAUUCAUUUCAUCAACAGCUUCCUGGGACUUUUCUGCAGCCUCUGUGAGAAGUGAUAGGUAAAUGCCCUUUCAUGCGAGAGAGUUUUCCUCAGAAACUGUCUUGAAUCCCUUCUGUAAGAAGUGGGUAUGGAUUGUAAACAAACUUCCUUUUUAGGUGUGCCUGUAACAAUGAUUCCUUGAGCAUAGGCUGAAUGAUAUUGGUGAAUUUUGAAUCA